CGACGGGUCAUCUGAUCUGCCCGGCCCGGCAUCCAAGGCUGUGGAGGCUUGAGGCUAUGAUGGCGGCGUCUGUGGCGGUUCGAGUUCGGACCGGGACGCAGCGGGCCCUGGUUCCCUGGCGCAUGCCAUGGCCGCUCCUGCUGCUGGCGGCGGUGGCGGUGGCAGCCGCGGCCUCGGAGCAGCAGGUGCCGCUGGUGCUGUGGUCGAGUGACCGGGACCUGUGGGCUCCUGUGGCCGAUACGCACGAGGGCCACAUCACCAGCGACAUGCAGCUUUCUUCCUACUUGGACCCCGCCCUGGAGCUGGGCCCCCGGAAUGUGCUGCUCUUCCUGCAGGACAAGCUGAGCAUCGAGGACUUUACAGCCUACGGUGGCGUGUUUGGAAAUAAGCAGGACAGCGCCUUUUCUAACCUGGAGAAUGCCCUGGACCUGGCUCCUUCCUCGCUGGUGCUGCCCGCUGUCGACUGGUACGCGGUCAGCACCCUGACAACCUACCUGCAGGAGAAGCUGGGUGCCAGCCCCCUGCACGUGGACCUGGCCACCUUGCGCGAGCUGAAGCUCAAUGCCAGCCUCCCCGCCCUGCUGCUCAUCCGCCUGCCCUACACAGCCAGCUCCAGUCUGAUGGCACCCAGGGAGGUCCUCACGGGCAACGAUGAGGUGAUUGGGCAGGUGCUGAGCACCCUCAAAUCCGAAGACAUCUCCUACACGGCUGCGUUCACAGCGGUCCGCCCGUCCCGGGUGACUCGAGAUGUAGCCAUGGUGGCUGGGGGGCUAGGUCGCCAGCUGCUCCAAAAACAGGCGGCGUCACCUGUGAUCCAUCCUCCCGUGAGUUACAAUGACACUGCCACAAGGAUCCUGUUCUGGGCCCAGAAUUUCUCUGUGGAGCAUGGAGGCCAUCGGCAAGACCUGACCCACCGCACCUUCGGAUCACCGGAGCUCAACCUCACUGGCUCCUUCUGGAACAACUCCCUGGCUGGACUCUCGCUGACCUACAACGGGCUCUUUGCUGCUACAGUGACGUUCAAGUUCAUCCUGGCAAGCCGCUUCUACCCAGUGUCUGCCCGUGACUGGUUUACCAUGGAGCGCCUCGAAAUCCACAGCAACGGCUCCAUCACCACCUUCAAUGCCUCCCAGGUUACUGGGCCCAGCAUCUACUCCUUCCGCUGCGAGUAUGUGAGCAGCAAAAGCCAGAUGGGCAACCUCCUAGUGCCCAACACGCAGCCCUCCCUGUGGCACAUCACCCUCCAGGAUUUCCAGAUCCAGGCCUUCAACGUGACAGGCGAGCGCUUUUCCUAUGCUAGUGACUGCGCGGGCUUCUUCUCUCCUGGCAUCUGGAUGGGCCUGCUCACGUCCCUCUUCAUGCUCUUCAUCUUCACCUACGGGCUGCACAUGAUCCUCAGCCUCAAGACCAUGGACCGCUUUGAUGACCACAAGGGGCCCACCAUCGCUUUGACCCAGAUUGUGUGACCCGUGCCAGUGGGGGGUUGAGGGGUUGGCAGUGUGUCCCACAGUGGACAGAUGGGAGGGCUUCCCCUCUUUCUCCCACAGCAUGAAUCACAUCCCCCCCCAGCCUGUCCUGCUCCCCUUUCAGCCGCUGUGGGCUUCCCAGGGCUGUCCCCGUCCCUGCCAGUAAGGUGUACAUAUUCUUCAUAGGCAGUAGACCAAUCCCCAGGCUCUGUCAUCAUCAGAGGAGAGAACAUUAGUUCUAGGGUCCCCCUUCUACCUGUUAUUUAUUCUCAUCUCUCCACCAUCACCCCUUGCUGUUCAUAGUGCUUUUGUGUGCAAAUGACCCACCCCAGGCUCUCUGGGGCUCCUUGGAGCAACCAUGAGCUUGGGAUCCCCCCGAGUGUGUAGGGGGUGGAAGUACUACUUCCCCUUUCGACUCAGCCGCUGUUCGGUUCUGUGCUAACGACAUGCAGUAGGCGAGUUUGUGUGUGCUCUCAGAGGGAAGGGACUGAUUUCCAUGACAGGUGGGCUGGGUGUGAUCACUGGGUUUCUGGCAUGUUCUUACCAGGAGCGCCCGGGAGUCUUGGGCGCUCUGUUGUUUCGUUCCAAAUAAAAUAAGGGUUGCCAUAA